AUGGCUCUUCACCCGCCUCCUGAGAGCGACAAGCUCAUUUUCGCCCCCGCCGGCUCGGCGCAGAACACCCGCGCAGACCAGUUCACCCUCUCGACCCUCUCGCGCGCCUCCCUGCACCCGUCGUCGCCGGUGCCACAGUUUCACGCGUGGUUCACGGCGGCGCAGGAGUCCCACGCGGUGGCGCACCCGGAGACGUGCACGCUCUCGACGGCGUCGCUGCCGUCGGGCCGCGUGUCGGCGCGCAUGGUGUACCUCAAGGAGCUCGACGCGCGCGGCGGUUUCGUCGUGUACACUAACCUGGGCACCUCGCGCAAGGCGGCGGACCUGGCGACCAACCCGCACGCGAGCCUGACGUUCUGGUGGGAAGCGCUGCAGCGGCAGGUGCGCGUCGAAGGCGUUGCGGCCCGGCUGAGCCCCGAGGCGAGCCAGGCCUACUUCGACACGCGCGUCCGGGGCAGCCGGCUGGGCGCGUGGGCGAGCCGACAGAGCCAGGUGCUGGAACCCCGGCCCGACGCCGAGGGCGAAGACGGCGGGCCGGACGACGGGCGGGCGCAGCUCGAGGGGUGGGUCCGCGAGGUCGAGGAGCGAUUCCGCGGCGAGGACAAGAUCCCCGUGCCCGAGUUCUGGGGCGGGCUGCGCAUCGUGCCGGACAGGGUCGAGUUCUGGCAAGGCCGGGAGAACCGGCUGCACGACCGGUUCGUGUACGACAAGGUCGAGGGCGGCGAGCACGGGGAGGAGGAAAAGUGGACUGUCAACAGGCUGAGCCCUUGA